AUUUGGAUAACGCCGACACGUGGGACAAUAUGAUUGUCACUCUUCCUUCUCUAUAUAAAUGGUGUUAUUACAGACCAAAACUCCAUACUCGCAUUUUCCAUUCAAUCAUUUCUAAAGCUUUCAGAUAUUUUGAUCAGAAGAAGAAGACGAAAAUGUUGGCAAUUUUCAAGAGAGGACUGAUGGAUCCACCAAAGGAGCUGAAAAGCUCAGUCGCAUCGUCCGGCAACCUCGUUCCACCUCAAAUGGCCAUCAACAAUUUCCUGUCUUCAAAUCACAACAAUGGUUUCUCUCUAGGGUUCGGUGAUCAGGCAUUACUGGCCUUUUCCUCUGCUAAACCUUCUUCCCUUUUGUCUCACCAGAGGCUGUUCUGUGGGUUGAAUGAGAUGUACUGCAUCUUCCUGGGGAGCCUCAACAAUCUGUGCUCUCUCAACAGACAAUAUGGAUUAUCAAAAGGUGGGAAUGAGGCCAUGCUUGUGAUCGAAGCUUAUCGGACCCUCCGAGACAGAGGCCCGUACCCGGCCCAUCAAGUCCUCAAGGAUCUGGAGGGCAGCUUCGGGUUUGUCGUCUAUGAUCACAAAGCUGGAACUGUUUUUGCUGCUCUUGGCGAAAGCGAAAGUGUGAAGCUCUAUUGGGGAAUUGGAGAGGAUGGCUCCAUUAUGAUGUCAGACAAUGUGGAUGUUAUCAAACAAAGCUGUGGCAAAUCCUUUGCACCAUUUCCUAAUGGGUGUAUGUAUCACAGUGGAAGAGGGCUGAUGAGCUUUGAGCAUCCAAUGAAGGAGAUGAAGGCAAUGCCAAGAGUUGACAGUGAAGGUGCAAUGUGUGGAGCUUUCUUCAAGGUUGAUCCUUUCUCCAAGCCUAACAACACCAUGCCUAGGGUUGGAAGUGAAGCUAACUGGACCAUAUAAAUCACAUCCAAACUUUAUAUCUGUAUUUGUUUUUUCUUUUAAAUAAUGAUGUUGAUUUUUGUCUAGUCCCUUUCUUGUUUCCCUGAUGGUUGUUGUAUAUAAGAGUUCUUGUUUUAAGUUUUAACGAACAUGUUUCUUUUUUAAUCCUUUGAAUGUAAUUAGCUUUCUGUGAAUCUCUUUCAACUGCAAUGCAAUUAAUAAACAUGGUAAUAUUAUCAAGUCCUGGUUUAAAGCAG